GACACAGAGAGGAAGGAAGAGAGAGACACACAGAGAGAGAGGGUGAGGGGCGAGACACAUUGAGUCUGAGAGGGAACUCCCCCAGAGAGAGAGAGGACGACGGAGACGCUGGUCAGCACGCCGUGACAUCACUGUGACAUCACCGUGACAUCAUGAGCUCCCCCAGAGCCCACACACACGGGUCUCCUGUCGGGGCCUCGGUUCCCCCAAACAUCCAGGACAUGGAGCUGAGGGAGGAGUGGCAGGACGACGGCUUCCCCCGGCCCCUCCCAGAGGACUGUGGGAGUCCCGAGGAAUCCGGAGACGAGCAGCCAGCUCCGCCCACCAGCCUCGCCCUAUCGGCGGCCAUUGAGGGCGGGGCUAAGAAGCGCCUGGUGGCCCCGUCCCUCAGCCUCACUCUGAGCCGCAGAGACUCUCACGACGGCUUCUCGGCCGCCGCGCUGUCGGAGACGCCGUCGCUGGACAUCAACCUGGAGGCCCUGGAGACGCCGUCGGGCAGCGAGACCGGCACGCUGCCCGACGGCGUGCACGAGCUGGAGUGGUACGACGACCUCCCCCGGAUGGCGGGGGCCGGUUCUGGGCCCGUGCCCCGGAGCCCGUUGGAGCAGAAUGAGGGCCUGAUGGACCUGGACCAGGUGGACACCAGGGGGCGCCGCUGGAGGAGGUUCUCCUUCUCUGGACACGAGUACCACGUCAACAUGAGCGUCCUGGAGCCGUACCUGCAGGUCCUGUCCCACGGAGGUUACUAUGGAGACGAGAUGAACGCUGUGGUCCUGUUCACCGCCUGCUACCUGCCGCCCAACACGGUGGAGAACUACGAGUACGUCAUGGACCACCUGUUCAGGUACAUCGUGGGGACCCUGGACCUGAUGGUCUCAGAGAACUACCUGCUGGUCUGCCUCUGUGCCGUGGCCCCCAGGAACAAGCUGCCCUCCAUGAAGUGGCUCCACCAGUGCUACGCCUCCAUCGACAGGAGGCUGAAGAAGGACCUGAAGGGGCUGCUGGUGGUCCACCCGGCCUGGUCCAUCAGAGCCCUGCUCACUGUGAUCAAGCCCUUCAUUAGUGAGAAGUUCAGCACUAAGAUCCGGUUCGUGAGGAGUCUCCAUGAGUUGUCUCAGAUCAUCCCCACGGCAACGCUGCAGGUCCCUGACGUCAUCCGGCAGUUUGAUAAGAAGUUGAACAGAUGACACAGCGGUGGACAGACCGGAUGGUUCCUCAGAGGUCAAAGGUCAUCUCAUCCCAGUGACCUUUGACCUCCUGCCUGUUCAGAGCCGACUGGGUUCAUUGAUGGUGACCCGGAGGUAACCAAUCACGGAUCAAUAGAAUGCUGCAGGAGAACAAAAGAACGGAGUUUGUAUUUGUGGACUUGAAUACUGAAGACCCCUGAGGACCCCUGAAGCACCCUCAAGACCCCUGAAGCACCUUCAAGACCCCUGAAGACCCUGAAACACCCUGAGGACCCCUGAAGACCCUGAGGACCCCUGAAGACCCCUCAAGACCCCUGAAGACCCUGAGGACCCCUGAAGACCCCUGAAACACCCCUGAAGAACGUUAGCGCUGCAGACGGACUGGAGGUCAAAGGUCACAGCAUGCUUUUAACCAGUGUCAGUGAACACACCACCAACCAAACAAAGGCAUUGUAGUUUGUUUUAAGCCCAAUUCUCCGACAGGAAGUAGAUUUCCAAACUUAAGUGUAAAUGUAGAUUGAAGCCGUCAGCAGGAAGUGACUGAAGAGGAAACGGCUUUAAUGAAGCUGUGUAUAUAUAUAUAUAUUAGGGCUGUCAGCGUUAACGCGUUAAUCUAUGCGAUUAAUUUGGCCGCGUUAACGCACUAAAAUAUUUUAACGCAAUUAACGCAACUUUGUUUACUUCCAGUGUUCGUUGAAGUUUUUACACUCAAACCGAGUGUCAAACCGCGGCAGUACGGUUUGACACUGUUUCCGUUUUUAAAACAAUUAUUUCUCCACGAAAAUAAGGAGCAUAAAUGAGUUUAACUCGUGGAUGAAUCAGUCGGGUUUCCUCCUGCUCCUCCUUCCUCCCGUCUCCCCCUCUGAUACACAGAGGAACCGAGGGGCGACGUGUCGGGGGACGCGGCGCGGAAAGAACUCGUCACACGAAACCUUCACCGUGAUUGGUCAAUCCGUUUGUCUGUCAACAUUUUGGGUAAGAAACAACCAAUGAACACUCAGUAAAUCACAAAGGACCUCCCACCUCACAGGUGAGGCUCAUUAACAGCCUGACAGUCAGAGAGCAGAGAACACGGCACCAGGACAACUGAGCCUCAUUGAAUAGAGCUGAGAUUGUUCUGGAAUGUUUGAUGUAUAACACGUGGGGGUGUGUCACAUGCAAAAGACUUUAAACAGUGAAUUUUUGUUGUUGUUGUAAAAUGUAUAAAAUGCCCCCAGCCUCCAGAGGUUGAACAGGACAUAUGUGAAUGUCAGUCAGUUACCAAGGCCACUGGUUCUGCUGUUCAGUGGUAAAGAUGACAGGACCAAUGGGGUCUCAAUAUACUUUUUUUUUUUUACUAAUCUGAUGUUUCACUGAAGAAACAAUUUAUCAUCCACAAUAUUAAAUACCUCGCUGGCCCUUUAUAGGUAGGAGCCUCUUUGAAAACAGCUCUGUGGGAAGUUUGGUCUUUAAAAAGAAGAAAACAUUUUUUUUAAUCGCGAUUAAUUAGCUAAUUUUUUGUAAUCGAUUGACAGCCCUAAUAUAUAUACAUAUAUGUUUAUAUAUAUGUAUAUAUAUGUGUAUAUAUGUAUGUAUACACUACCGUUCAAAAGUUUGGGAUCACUUAGAAAUGUCUUUAUUUUUCAAAGAAAAGCAUUGUUUUUUCAAUGAAGAUAACAUUAAAUCAAUCAUAAAUACCCUCUCUACAUUGUUAAUGUGGUAAAUGACUCUUCUAGGUGGAACGUCUGGUUUCUAAUGACAUAUCUCCAGAGGUGUAUAGAGGCCCAUUUCAUCAUCACUCCAGUGUUCUAAUGGUACAUUGUGUUAUCGCCUUAGAAGACUAAUGGAUGAUUAGAAAACCCUUGAAAACCCUUGUGCAAUUAUGUUAGCAUAGCUGAAAACUGUUUUGCUGAUGAGAGAAGCUAUAAAACUUAAUAAAUGUGCAAAAAACAGUUUUCACUUUGUCAUUAUGGGUUUUUGUGUGUAGAAUGUUGAGGAAAAUAAUGAAUUUAAUCCAUUUUGGAAUAAGGCUGUAACAUAACAACAUGUGGGAAAAGUGAAGCGCUGUGAAUACUUUCCAGAUGCACUGUAUAUAUAUACAUAUAUAUCUAUAAAUAAAUUAUAAAAUAAACACUUUGAUAUAUAA